ACUUAAACUUGCUCAAAAUGUAUUUUUUAAACACGAAGUCCACCCUGGCAUAUAGCGUGCUGAGUAUUUUCUUUUGAGCGCGUGAAGCCUUCUUCUUAAAGCUGAUGAGACAGAAAAAUAAUGAUUAAAAAGUCCUUAUUUAUAUUGCCCAUACCCCCAUUAACAUAUAUAAAAUACCUGGCCCUACAUGCUCUUUUUCUUCAUCGUUGAAAACACCGUUGAAGGCAAAAAAUUCAGCGGUCAUACCAUAUGCUUUCUUCUAAAUCUCUCUUAGAUUAUUGGAAAUAAAUCUAAUUCACCUCUUUUUUCAUUAUCUGCAAUCUCCAAACAAGUUAACCACCAGGUCAUGGGGUUGUUUUCUGUCAUUGCGCAGAAAAAGUAUUGUUGAAGACUUCUUGGUCUCCAAACCAAAUAACCCUAAGGUGUGUUUGGGGAUUACUGAAUCGUGUCAAAAGGGUAUGAAGAGAAAGAGUGCAAAGCGGCGAGUUUGAAGAAGUGUCUGCUUAUUCUGUGUGUUCUUGGAUUAACAUUAAUGUUUAUCAUGUAUCUGCUAUUAUUAGGACUGUUGGAUGUGAUCUAAUGUUCCAAGGCCAUUUUGAUGUUAUUCUGCAAUUUGGAUGGAAUUAUGGAUUUUGUAUGCUAUUUCUAUUUAGUUGAUCCAUGUUGUAAAUCAAUGUUUCAAUCAAAUAUAUAUGAAAGAAUUCGGAAUUACUAUGUGUUUAUAAGUCCUAAGGUGAUUCCUAAAUAUGGCAAAACAGUUGCUUCUUCACCGGGUCACCAUCAUUUGAUGAAGCAACAUUUUUCAAUUUUUUUCUGGCACUUGCAACAAUGUUUCUUCAAAUUUUUCCAGCACUUGCAACAAUCCCCAAUCGAAAGAUGAAAUUUCCACCUUUUCAUGAUUUCAUCUUGAUCCAUGUUGAAGUUUGAAUGUUUUUUGACUGUAAAAUUAGAGGGAUGUGGUUCAAACUCAAGGAAUUUGAUCUUUAUUGUGAUUGAAGAAAGUGUGGGGAUGAACAAAUGAGGGGUAUGAUUUGGCUUUGGACUAUUAUUUGCUUACAUGGAAACAAUAUUACACGUGUUUGGACUAUAUUUUCUUUCAUGGAAUAUUGUUUAUUUAUUUGCCACAUAAAUGGCGUUUGGACCUCAUGCACUGGGUCUGCAUUACAAAUGUGUUUAAAAAAUACACUUUGGCCAAGUUUAGGUGUGUAUCUGGUCGCUGUGUAAGUUUAUAUUUCUAUUUUACAAAACAUUCCAAGCUUAAGGGGCUAUCUAGGUAUUAAGCCUUUCUUUUUUGAUGAAGUAUUUGAACAGGGUAUAGUAUAGUUUUUUAUUUUUAGGUAGAAUUUCCCUUAGAAUUGGAGCCUUUUCACACUUUCCUGGUGUCUAUUAUGAACUUAGAGGUCAUACAUGAUGAGUUAACAAAGUCAUGCACACUUGCAAGCCACUGCUAAUUAGCAAGAAGCUCAUUUGAGUGGAAUUUCCUCAACUCAAGUAAUAUCUAAUGCACUCUUGACUGAUACUGGCUGCUGUUACGUUAGUAGAUUAAAAUUCUGCUCUAACUGGUUUUGUAUGAAAAUUAACUCCCAAGGAAAAUAUGGAAAAAAUGAUAGCUGGUGCACUAACAGAGUUUUUUCUCUACAUGGUCAUGAACAUUUGUUCUUGCAUUUAACCCUCAUAUCCCUCCACUUCACUCUCCUAUUUAUCUGUUGUAAGUUCAAUUCUAGAAAAAGAGUUUCCCUAUUGAGCUCUUAGAUUUCCUUUUAGUCUUCAAUAUGUUGCAAUAAAUUGAAGUGAUUAUGUUUCUUAUUUUAUUUUUGAAUUCAUGAAGAAUUAUUGUUACUACAGUAAGAAAGUUUUUACAGCAAAGUGUAAACAAGAAAUUUUAUGAAAGUAGCUUAUAAAGUAGAAACUUCGGAGGAAAUUGACAAAAAUAUAUGCCCUCUACUUAGACAUUAAUUAACUUUUCAUUUCUAAUUUGGCUCGAUUACUCUGAAAAAUCAAGAACCUGCUGCUAGAGAGUGAAAGAUAUCACUGAAAGUUUCCUCAAUGAACUAAUAAUAUAUUAGGGAACUUAAAGAGAAGCAGGCACUCCAAUUCUUCAAUGGAGAAAGGAAGGUCAAGAAAGACAAAGAGGCCAAGAAAGAUCUAAUAAGCUUAACAGGCCUACCAGUGCCUUCUUCAUAUUCCUCUAGGCUUUGUUUUCUUAUAAUAAGUUUAGAUUCAGUGGUGUAUUAUAGUUGUGUGAUGUAACCGACAAAUGGUCAUGUAUGCUACCGCACAUUGGAAUCCAGGAAGACAUUUAAAAAGGAAAAUCCCAAUGUGAAUUUGUGGGAAAGUAAAAGUUCAAGUUUAGAGCUUCAAGUUAUUGGUUAUUUGAGUUGGUGUCUGGAAAUUUGCAUUCUGAAGGCCUCUUUCCCAUUGGUUUGAAGAUUUGCAGACUUUUUAUUAUAGUUAUGAUAGUUUAAAUAUUCCAACUUCUGCAGCAUCACUGCUCUGCAAGUAGUGGCUUAGCGAGUAAGAUACAAUCAAGAAUCUUCUGUGGUUUUUUUUUUUUUUUUUUACAUCAGCUUCAGUAGAUUAAGCUCUGAAAUAAAUGACUUCUUAAGAAAGGUAAGACGGACUACAUUGCAUCCAUAAUUACUUCUAUGACAGUAGAUUAGAUUUGGUACAAGUAUAUAUAUUUUAAUAUUCACAACUAUUUUAAUAUUUUUAAUGUUUUUUCUCUUAGUUCAGGGUAUAGUGAAACUAAAUUGUGAACCUUCGAUCUCUAAUUUUGCAACAGAGGAAUGGCAGUGGCUCCUCUCAACCCCUUCUUCUCUGAGGAAUUUCUGGGCAAGGUAAAGUAUGUAAAUAGAAUUUCUUUAAAGAGAAUGAUUUGAGUCUAUCAAAGUAUUUUUUACUCCGAAUUUGUGCCAGAAGUAGUAGGGCUAUUUUUGAGUCUAUUAAAAUUAUUUUUCUUCUGUGCGAGUACUCAUUUGAGGUAAUUUCUUUGACCUUUUAUAUGAAGUUCAUAUUUGUUUGACGCCCGGCUGAUUUUUGGUUAAUUACCUUUUAGUUUCUAAGGUCAACCAACUUAUGUGGAAUUACUGUUUUUUUCGGAGAAUUUAUUAACUGCUUUUGGUGUGCAAUACAACCAGUACGUCUUACGGCAUUCUAUUUUACCAUUCUCUGGGUGUAAAUCAUGUGGGAAUAUAAUGGGCAAUGUCACAUUGCAUAUGUCGAACUAUUUGCCAUUAGCAUUAGCAUGUACGCCUAAUCAUUUGAAUAGUAAUAACUAGCAGGUACGCCCAAUGCCUUUCUAAUUAAGGUUAGAAAGGUUAACAAAGUUUCAAUGGUGUGCAUAUCUCCAGUUGCAUGUUCUUAUAUAUAUGAUAAGUUGCAUAAAUGGUUAGUUCCUUUCCACUUUAACUGGACCUUUGUGCUUUACCUUUAUUGCAUCUUCUCAUUUUUUCCUAAGCAUAAAAUUUAUCCUUUCUGUUCCUUUUCUCUAUUAUGCCUUUGCAGUUUUUCACCUCAUUUUUCUGGAAAGUCUUUCACAUGAUGGUAGCAGCUUCAUAUGUGAAAUGCCUUUUCAAAAUUUACCUUUUUUGUGUAGUCAUAUUAGUGAUCUUCUUACAGAAUCUUAUAUAGGCAGAAGUAAAGAUAAAGUUGCUUUCACACUCUGUUGCUAAAAAUUAAUUUAUUUUCCCUUGACCUUGAUCCACAUCAGAAGCAUAAAUAUACUUGCACAAAUUCAUCUAUGGUGCUUUCCAAAGAAAUCUUCUUUCCAGCACGCAGGAGUUCCAUGGAGCUCUUAAAAGGCCUCAAAAGUCUAAAAGCUAUAAACUUCCAUUUAGCUAUGUAUGUUGUCUUGAUGCUAUGAAUUGGAAUUAUUUUCAUGGUUAUCAUGCUUGCAUUUUAAUUAUAUGUUGACAUGAUUUAUUAUUCAUUACAGAAGAAAAGGGUUUUCUAAGCCAUUGAUAAGCUGGAGAGCAAAACAAAACACUUUGUUUACCUCUAGAUUAGCAUUCAACAACUUAAAAGGGUAAAAAAACUCAAUUCUUUGAAAAAAUAUGUGUGUGUGUGUGUAUAUAUGAAUGAAUUCCUCUUCACAAGAAGGAAUUCUCUAGCUGACCAAGCUUUCUGUAGUUCCUUCUUGUUAGCACCAUAACUUUGUUUGGUUAGAGAGCAGCAGGGUGGCUUUUGGAUUUGUCAAAAGGGACACAAGCUCAUCUCUUAGCUUCUGACCAAUGUGAAAUGACUGGAAUUUUUCACAAAAUUCCCUCUCAAUAACAAAAUGUGCUCAAUAUUUCUCUUGAUCCUUCCGUUACCUCACCAGUUAUCGAUACAGUAAAAGACUCAAUCAGAAACCUGAAAUAUUCCGCUAUUUGUAAUACUAAAAAAUAUCAGCUGUGAAUGAGGCUUACUUCUUGUAAGAAAUCAGCUACUCCUUUUAUUUCAGGGCAAUUGAAUUCAUGUACUCCAAGAACUCUAAAUUCUAAAACAUUUUCACGAGAAUCUUGGUAAACAAUUUAUCCAUCUGAUAAAAGAGCUAUGUCAUCAAAUAAGUCAUAAGUUUUAGGUGCAGGCUGUAGGAGUGAGAUCACAUUAGUUCCGUUAGACUGCAUUGCAGCAAUGCUUGUUAUGGACGGGGUUCUAAUUUGUUUCUGGUCUCAGCUCUCAAUUUCAGGUGAUCGAGGUAUCCUUCAUGAAAAAAAUUCAUGGUCAUUCAUGUUCAGAAAAUUCAGAUUUUUCGUUUCAAUCCUCUUCUGCGCUGGGUCUGGCAUUAUUCAGGAAAGGGAAUGUAGAGUUACCCUCGAACCUGAUGACGAUAUUGAUGCAAGAUUUUCCUGCUUGCCUGAAGAUAAUGAAAAGGAAGAGGGUCUAAAGGACAAUGGCAGUGGAUUUGAUGGAUCUAGCUCUGUCAAGGGUUCAGAUGAUGAUGAGGAUGAUAGAGACUCCAACCCAAUCGCUUCAUGUGAGACCGAUAAACUAAACGCCAAUUCUGGUUUCAACUCUGCAGCGCCUUGCAAAUCUGGUAUGUUUUCUUUUUUAGGGAUAAUUUCAGAGACCUCCCUCCAGGUUUGGCUUCGUUUCACUGAGCUCUCUCGUGGUUUACGAUAUUACGCUUAUCUCCCUUAUUUUCAUUUUUUUGUAACAAUUCUUUUAACCUAUAUAUUAUUAAUAUAAAAAAUUAUGAUCUGGCCAAUUUACCCUUUAUUAUGUACUUUAUGUUUAAUUAACUUUGUAGACAAUCUUUUAAAUUUCCUUAGAUGGUAGAUUAAAAAAAAAUUCACAAAUUCACCAUUCAUUUUUAAAGCAAUCCCGUUUGGUUAAUUAGAAGCUAAAUUUUUCUCAUUAUGCUUAGAUAUCAAGAGCAGCAUCAAUAUAAAUUUCUGCAGCAACUUUUAAUGGAAAAGCUGAAUAAGAAUUCUCUAAAAUUAGCAUUGACUUUCAACAAAAAUUUGGAAAGAAAAAAGAAGUUAAUAAUUGAUGUACCAAGCUUGAAAUUGUUGUAUUAAUAGAAUAAAGGAUAAGUAAUCCCAUUAACCUCCAAAAGUUUCAUCCUGCAUUGGUGUUUGUCAUAAGCUCAAAUCCAUGAAAUUCUACUGGCAUUACAUUAUCCAAUGUUCUAAUUUCUUUAUCAGAUUGACAAGUUCUCUUAAAAAAAUUGGAAACCAAGUUAAACUGAAACAAUCAAGGAACUCAAGCAAAUAUUAUGAUUCCCAGGGGAUAGCAUCACAUCAUCAUUUUGGGUAAAAUCAUCAGAGCCAUGGAAGGUGUUUUCGAUGUACUUUCAGAGUAAUGUAAUUGGAGAUCGAUGGAAAUAAUUUUUUUAACAAUAUGUUUAAGAAAUAAAUUUAUCAAAAAAAGUGCAAUGUAAAGGGUAAGUUGGUCAAAUCAUAAUUUUUUAUUAUAUAUAUUAAUAAUAAAUAGGUUAAAAGAAUUGUUACAAAAAAAAUAAAAAUAAGGGAGGUAAUCGUAAUAUUGUAAACCACAAGGGAGGUCAGUGAAACGAAACGAAACCUGAAGGGAGGUUUCUGAAAUUAUCCCUUUUUUUUAAACAUCUUUUAUGUGGUAAUUGUAAAUGCCAUUCAACUAUUUUGAAUUAAAAAAUACAGCUUUUUUGGGAUUAUUUUCUGAGAGAUUGGGCUAUGUUUUAUUAGAAAAUAGGAAAGAAAAAUCACUGGGACUACUUACACAGAAAUUUGUCAAGCUUUUCCUCUGCACCACUAUAAGCAAAAAGUUUCAACUAUCGAUUACUUGUUUCUCAAUUUGCUGUCUACAGAUCCUAAUUCUUUGUGGUGAUUCAAUUCAGGUUGAUAUGUUUGCCUUGAUGAGGCAGCAAAGAUAUUGUUAGGAGAUAGAAGGCCUCCUGCAAUGACAAGUAAUAAGUCCACACCUUUUUUUCUUCAUAGGUGCACAGACUGUUAGUUUCUUUUUAACACCGCUGUGUUGCCUAUCUAUGAUCGUUCAAUUAAUGUUUUUUUUUUCUUCUUAUCUAUGCAGCUAAAGUUAGGAGGUUUAAUUGAGUCGUUAGUUCCUUCAGAUCUAACUCUGCCUGUGGAGAUUUUGUUUGUUAAUAGCAUAUUCUGUCUCUAACUCUGCUUGUAUUUGAAUAUGAUUCUCUUAAGUGUCUGAAUAGAGGUUCAAAUGGUUAGCUCCCUUAUUGUAAGUCUCUCUGUUUUUAUCUUCUAAUUCAGUUCUGCUGAGUUCUCUAAAUAGAUUAAUGUAAUUUCCUAAAAGCCAGAGAAUACUGUUUCUGCAUACUAGAUAUCUAAGGAAAAUAUGUUGAUAUACUCUUGGAGAGUGAAAGGUUAAAAAUCUUUAGGAUAAGUUGCAUGUUGCAACUUCAGUUUGUACCUUAACUUUAGUAUACAUAUGCAUUUUCCAGUGACAUCUAUUUUCUGUUGCCACAUUCGAUACACUACGCAGUAUAUGACCGACCAUUAUUUCUCGAUUUUGUUACCAGUGAAAGAUCCGCUACUGUUUUGCAAUAUGGUUGGCUUUUUUAAUGCACUUGAAGCUACUGUUGGUUCUACUUGUUGGGUAUUUCAAUGUAGAUCUUCACUAUUGCCUCCACGUUCGCUGCAUGCUCAGGUAAUUUCUGCCGAACAACGCCAAGAAGAAGGUUACAGAGACUACAGAACCCAAUAAAAAAACGGAAUCUAACAAAUACAUCAACAAUACCUGCAUACAACCCCAACCAUUGGCACGGGCCAACUCUGCCUAGUUAUGAGUCCGACACUUUUGUAACCCAAAAAACAAUUUGUGAAACCAAACUUACUCAUUAAAAAAACAAAGAACCAAACUAGGCUUCACGCACAGAAACCCAUACCAAAAACCCCCGACCCUAACCUUUAUUCAUGCUCUUUUAUUUCAUUUCCUCUAUCUUCACCCUUUCAACACACUUUUGCACUUUUAAAAACAUGUGUCAAAGUUUUAAAACUUCAAUAUUUUCUAUACAACCCGAUAUUUGUGAAUGCAGUUAUUACUGUAAACUAAAAACAUUAAAGAUUCAAGAUAAUCUGGGUUGCCGUUUUAGGCGUUGUAAAGUGCUCGAAGAUAUGGGCGGUUGCAAACACUUUCGGUGGGAAGAUAGCAUUCACGUGGAUAAAACGAUGGCGGCGAAGUUUAAAAAUUCACUUUUUGAUAGAGAUAUCGCGACUUCACGUAUCUCUAGAGGUAUCGCUAAGUUGGACUCGCAAUUUAAGCUUGUGGAAGCUGAAGAAAAAAUUGAACGUUUGGAGGUCUUGCUCACCGAUUUAAAAAAAAAAUGAAUUUUGCUGAAGGCUAAACUUAGAGAGGCUCAACACGAGAAAAUAGUUUUGAAAGAAAAACUUAAAUUGUGGAAGAUUAUUUGUGCUAUCUUGUUGUUCAUUAUUUAUAUGUAUUUUGUUUAUUAAGUAUAAUAUUUCUAUGGAUUAUGUUUUUUAUUAGUUGUACCUUUUCCCCUAUAAUGUAAUUCACACCCUUUAUGUACUAAUUU